GAAAUAGAAAGUCUUAUAGUCCUUGCAAGUUCCUAUGAAUGAAGAAAAGUCCGAAUGAUUUUAAGUGCUUAGGUGUGAACAUUCUUUAAAUUUAUAUAAUUUUUCAACCCAGAAUGCGAUUCAAAUGUACUCGGAAAAAAGUCAGGCAUACUGCAGCCUGUGCAGCAAAACGUGCUUCCGACAAUUGCACUCAAGCCAAGCUGAAAUUUAAUUCGAAGGACCGAAAAACGUCAACUCCAUCUGAGCGAAGCCAUAUCAGUCGUGUUAGGACGUAUUCACAAGGAAAAGAGGUGUCGCCAGAGAAAAUCAUGUCCUGCGAGGAAUAUUCAACACCAGAGGGAACUAUAUCCCGGGAGGGAACUGUAUCUUCAUCUUGUGAGGGGACCAAUCCUGGCAAGGAACCAGCGUGUCGCGAGGAAACCGUUUCACGAGAAGGAUGUGAAGAAACUCGCGAAGAAAGCGUGUUACGAAAGGCGUCUAUAGAGACUCAACCAUGUAAUGAGCCUACGAAAUGUGAACAUGAGAUCCAGUCGAGACAGAAAUUCACCCAUCUACCAGUCGAGUCUCAAGAAUCCUUCAUCGCACGCCACUCGAAGGAGGACGUCACCGAGUGCAGCGAGUGUGCCAUCCUGGAAAACAUGGUCGCGAACAAGUGCGAAAAGUGUCUGCACACGCAAGAACUCGCCAGUUUCACACCCACCCCUAAAUCAUCCCGAGCACCGAGCAAGAGGUGUAGUCCUAUCAAAAAGCGAGCACCAUUACCAGCCAGCUUGCCCCGCACAAAAACCGAGGCUGAACUCAUCAAAUGUCCACCCGUCCGGAGGAACCCUCUGGCCCCUAGGACCUUGCCCUUCUCAACAAACCCACCUGCUCGUAAGAACCUUUCAGCCUCAAGAAGUUCAAGUAGCGUGAAGAAACAAGCAGAUGAUGAGAGAAACCUUUGCGAAGAGGCCCCCACGUCAGGCUUGGCAAAGCACCGUCCCAGUACAGAGCUUUUCAAGAAAGCUAAGCCAAGGAAGUAUCUCGAGGGGGCUAACGUGUAUGUGAUUCAGCCAACUUUCGAGCAAUGUGUACGCCCUUUGGUAUGUCAGUCGACGAAAGAAGUACAGACUGAUAACGUGGAAAGAUCUUGGAUUGGGAAGAAUGCUCUCUCUUGCCAGGAUGAGCCCAAGUUGGUUAAUACAAGUUCCGCCUCGCAUUAUUCUGAAUCCUCCUCGGGGGAAGAAGACCUCUCUACACAAAACUCCAAGUCGGAGCGGAAAGGCCAGCAAAGACAACGGGGUGUGAUGAUCCAGUGUAAGAUGCCACAAAAGUGCUCAAGGCCUCGCCCCAAAGGUCGGAGCAAGUCUGCCAGCCCUUCGAAAAUCAAGGUUGACGAUGAUUCGAAAAGUGGCGUGUCUGAAGUUUUCAUCGGGCCGUCGACCUCGGACACGUCUCGGAAGCGAGGGGAUUCUCAAACCUCAACUCAAGAGAACCCGGUCAAUUCAAACACCCAGAUAGUCAUCGAGGAGAAGAUCUACGUCAAAGGUACUCCCGAAGCCAUCAGGAAGAAGAUCAUAACUGGAGAUCGCUCGAUUUUUAGUGGCAAGUCUCUCGCGUCGAGCAUUCGCGCUCUGCUGAGUGGGAAUCAGGAAGAGUCGCUCGUCGAACGAAACAAUAAAUCGAUCGACGAACCCGCACUGAAUAAAUCUCCACCCGCUGUCAGAAAUUGUUCAUCACCCUCCGAAGCUCCGAUCAAAAAGUCUACGUCUCAUGAAACUACCUCCAAUAAAAAUAAGUAUGCCACUCCGGUGGGGAUUUCUUGCGCGCAGCUAUCACAGUCUGAACCAUUGAACGAAGAGUCUAGUUGUGUCCUACAAAAUAAGGACCAGUGCUCAUCGAGGUCCAGUCGGAAGUAUUUCGACGGCAGGUUCAGUCCACCUAGUCGACGUGAUUCUCUGACGACAGGUCAGGAUAGCGAAUUCGACCGAUGUCAUUUACCCGAGGAUAAAUGCGUUUAUUUCGACGAGAUGUCCAUCGCCUCUUACAAGCAAGGCGUUCUCCUCGAUCGGUAUAGUGAAAAAGACAGCGUGUAUGAGACCGGAAGUGACUACCACAAGAACAGCAAAAGAUGUAGGGGUCGAUUCCUCGAGGAUAAAGUUUCGAAGCGGAGUACAGAUUGCUCGAAGUCGCCGGACAUUAGUCGUAAAUACCGACAAUACACUUGUGAGAAGGAUAUUUGCGAUAGUAGCUGUGACAAUGACAGCGCAGACGAGAAAAAAUUUGACUGUCACACUCCUCUAUAUCACAGGAACCGUAGAAGAUGUGAGGAUAGAUCUCCUGGGCGGAACGUUUCAAAACAGAGCAAUGAUUGUUCCAAGUUGCCCAAAAAUCGGUGCGCAUGUCGGCGCUGCUCAGUGGUGUGGGAAAACGAAGUUUGUAAGCAACCAAACGUUAAGUCUUGUGGUUCGCCUCGCCGCAAAAGUGACCGUCGAAGACGAUACGAUUCCUACGAACAUAGGCAUGAGACAGACGUCUGCUCUCCGGUCUUUCUUAAUGACGUCACUGGGCGAUCUUGUACAGAGAACAGUGACUCACAGUCUUGUAGUGACGUUAGCUUUAUUACCUACCAGUCGUCAUAUGCUACGAAAUCCUGUAAGCCGUACGAAAAAGCAUGCCGGUCAAGAGAAACUGACGUCGAGGCUUGCCAUUUGACGUCUGCUACAACGUCAUGUCCAUCCCGUUCAUCGGUUUUUUACAGAGACACGUCCAGUAUCACUUGUGUAUUCUUCAUGCUAAUCAUUUUUAUCGUCCUCUUUUUCAUCGGGAUGCUUGUCUGGCGACUAAUGAGAGAUGACAAAACAAGAAAACUGGAAGUGGAAGAGUGAAUGUUGACAGAAAAGCCUUUGGAGAAGGAAACCCGUGCAUUCAGCUGAUAUGUUCUUUUACCAUUCAACCAUUCAGCACCCUGACUUUUGUCACCCAGAAUUUUCUCGGCCGUCCAGAGUAUUAAAGCCGAAUCUUGUGAUCAUAUCAUAGCUGUGUGUUGAAGAAGAGAACUGCCGUGCAAAAGAUUCCCACACAAUGUUUGUCGUGGUCAAGGGAUGUGUAAAAAUCUGGGAUGUUUAAUGUAUGAAUUAGUUUCUGACAUUGAAAAAAAAAACCAACAUAUGAUUAUUAAUUAUGUACAAAUGUCUGCUUAAUAUUUUUCGCACAUUUAUCACUAGACAUAUUAAACUAAACCUCGUAAAAACAUUGUAGUGGCCCAUAGGAUGUGAGCUUGUGAAAUUAGUCACACUUGUAUGUAGUUUUCUAGAGAUUUUCUGAACAUUUGUUUAUAGGAGUGUAUAUCAUACAGAGAUUUACGCGGAGCUCCUUCCUUUUAAAAUAGAUGAUCUUAAAAAACUGCCCCAAAACUAGUGAAAUUUUAAGAAUACUGUAAAAAGUAGUGUAAGAUUGCACCUGGCUUAUCCAAUUUACCACACAUUUUUCUUAAAACUAUAUUUCUGCGGAAUCAAUAAAAUAAA